AUGGCAUUCAUAGCUAAAGCUAGGAAGUGUGAUCUUCAGGAAUUAGCUAGUGAAUUAGGUGAAGAGAUUGAUGGGAAUCUCACGAUUGCUAAUCUUAGAAAAUUGAUUCUAAAUUCCAACGAAUACGAGGAGGAGUUUGUAAAGGGUGUUUUAGAAGGCAUUGUGGAGAGGAGACAAGAAAAAGAAAAUUUGGAAAGACAGGAAAAAGAGAGGCAAUUUGAGUUAGAAAAAAUUAAAUUACAAACCUCGAUCGAAACUCAAUCCAUAAUAUCAGAAAAUAAUGAAAUGAGUAAUAAACAUAAUUCCUUAGAGUUACAAAAGAUACUUCAGAAAUUUAAUUCAAAAAAUGAUGAUAUAAGUCUUUACUUAGUCAUAUUUGAGCGCCAAGCUAAGCGACUAAAGAUUGAUAAGACAGAUUGGGUCACCCAAUUAAUGCCACUUCUUCCGUCAGAUGUUGUUCAAAUAAUAGCAAGGGAACCUGAAGAGGAAUCUAACGUUUACGAGUACGUAAAGGAAUUACUCUUACGACGAUUUAAAUUGAGUGCAGAAACCUUUCGAUUGCGGUUUGUGCAACAUCAAAAGAGAAUGGAAAGUUCAUGGAGGGAUCUGGCCUUUGAGUUGAGAAGCUUCUUGGAGGAGUGGUUGGAUGGUAUUAAAGUAAAGGAUUUCGAAUCAUUGAAGGAUCUUAUGGUUGUAGAUCAAAUUAAAAGAAGGGUUGGAAAUGAAGUUCGGGAACAUUUUGUCGACACAUGGACAAAAAUCUCGUCUUCAUCUAAGCUAGCCGAUCUCCUUGAUGAUUACGACAGCGUAAGGAGAAGCUCAAAAACUGGACAUAUUCCUAGUAAUGAUAGGAAACGAACAAAUGGGAAUUUUGAAAAGAAAAGUCCUAUUGCCCAUGACAAAAAUGCAGUGAACAUCGAUUAUAAGAGACCCAGUAGUCCUCGGAAUUGGAAGCGAGAACGUUCCGAUCGGCGUCAAUGUUUUGAGUGCGGAUCAUCGCAGCAUUUACGAGCCCAAUGCCCAAAGUUAGCUGAGAAAAAGAAUUUCUCAAGGAUUAACCACGUGACAAGACGUUUGGUAGAAACGACAAGCGAGAAAAGUGGAUCGCAGAGAUUUCCAGAGAACGUUACUGAAAAUCAGACUGAUGAAGGUAGGAUUCUCACAACACAGUUAAAGGCACCAGAAAAAGAUAUAACGCGAAUCAGCCCUCCACAGAAAAUACCAGUGAAAAUUGAAGACAAUGCAUUUGAAGGUAUCGUGGAUACAGGUGCUGAAAUCACCGUCAUCAGACAGGAUAUAAUUGAUUCUUGCGCUAAACAAGAGGAGGGCAGCAUAAAAAUUAUAUCAGCCUUUGGGGAAGAAGAGCUUGCCCCACUAGUUACUAUGAAUGUAAAAAUUAAUGAUGGGAAGCAUGGUAAUGUUCCUGUUACUUGUGCAGCAUCGAGGAAACUAGUAAGGGAUAUGCUGAUCUCCUCGACUGUAUACGAAGCAUUAUGUAAGAAAAUAGAGGUACAUACCUUACCCGUGAUAAAUAAUGACGAUUCGGAGCAACCUGUUCAUGAAGAACCAAAUCAAGAAGAAGAAAGUCCAUUGCAGGAGAAAAAAUGUUUCUUAAAAUUACAAAAAGGAGAUGGCUCUCUGAAGAUGGAAGAUGGUACGAAUAAAGAGAUCCAUGUAAACAAUAAAAUUCGACCAUACAUAGCACGACUUGAGCAAGUCGGAGUGAUAUAUGACCAAGACAAUGAAUUUGGAGAAAUAUUUCCUGCCCCAACCAAUUGCAAUCAGAAAAGCCAAAUCAAUCGUGAUAUAAGAACUCAAAUUUAUAAUCAAAAAGAGGAGUUAUCGUUACAACAAAAAGCUGAGCUGAUCCAUAUCUUAUCUAAGUACUCAGACAGUUUCAGUAAGUUUCCAGGGGAAGCUAAGGUGCCAGGACAUAACAUUAAGGUAACCGAUGACUGUGUCCCCAAGCGACUAGCUCCAUAUCGUGUCCCAAUUGUUUUGCAAGGGGAAGUUGAACGCCAAGUUCAAGAACUUUUAGAAGCAGGACUCAUUGAACAUAGCGAGAGUGACUGGGCACAUCCCGUAGUGUGCGUUGCUAAGAAAAACGGUAGUAUCAGACUGUGCGUAGACUACCGUCAGCUGAAUAAAUAUACGAUUGCAGACGCCUAUCCAAUGAAACUGGUUACUGAAUUAUUGUAUGAAAUUGGAAAAGCUAAUUUUAUAUCCAUAUUAGAUCUCACCAAAGGAUAUUGGCAAAUUCCCAUGAAGCCGGAAGCGAAGCAUUAUACCGCUUUUAUCACUCAUUCUGGGUUGUACCAAUGGAAUGUGAUGCCCUUUGGUAUGAAAAAUGCAGGAAGCACAUUCCAAAGAAGCAUGGAUAAGAUCCUCUCAAAGCAUCGAGAGUAUUGUCGUGCAUAUAUUGAUGAUGUCGCCAUUUUCUCCAAAAGCUGGAAAGAACAUAAAAAGCACAUUAUGGAAGUAUUCUGUACGCUUCAAGAGUCCAACCUUACCAUAAAUCUAGAGAAGUGUGAGUUUGGCAAAAAGGAAGUGAAGUUUCUUGGCCAUAUCGUCGGAUCAGGAAGGCACUUUCCAGAUCCCGAGAAAAUUGAAGCCAUAAAGAAGUUAUUGAGACCUACAAAUAAGAAAGAAGUCCGUAGUUUGCUAGGACUUGCAAAUUAUUACAGGGACUAUAUCCCAAACUUUUCUUCAUUAGUAUUACCACUAACAAAUCUCACUAAGAAAAAUGUACCCAACGAAAUUCCAUGGGCCAAAGAACAAGAGCAAGCAUUCCAAAUCUUAAAAGAAGAAUUAGUCAAGAUGCCUUCAUUAUACACCCCACAACUGGAUAAACCAUUCCAGUUAUACACGGAUGCCUCAGCAACAGCCGUUGGAGCCUGCUUAGCUCAGAUAGGUGAUGAUGGGAAGGAAAAACCCAUUGCAUUUUUCAGCAAGAAAUUGACUGCAACUCAAACACGAUGGGCUACUAUCGAGAGAGAAGCCUACGCCGUACUGGUGGCCUUGAAGAAAUACGACACAUGGAUAUUUGGUGCUCGUGUUCAAGUUAUCUCUGACCACAACCCUUUGACAUAUCUCACUCAACAAACGCCCCAUAGCGCAAAACUUGCACGAUGGUCGUUAGCCUUACAGAGAUAUGAUGUGACAAUAUCAUAUCGAAAGGGGAGUAAACAUUGCAAUGCAGACUCUCUAUCUAGAUUGCCAUUGCAGCAGUAA